AUGCUUGCAGGCAAAAUCGCCCUGGUGACCGGUGGCAGCCGAGGCAUCGGAUCCGGCAUUUCACUCGAGUUGGCCAAGAAAGGUGCCUCUGUGGCCAUCAACUACGCCAGGGACCCCCACUCCGCCGAAAAGAUGCUCAAGGAGAUGGAGGCGCUGGAGGGCCGCGCUGCCGCUUUCCAGGCAAAUCUGACUCAAGUGGACGCAAUUGAGAACUUGUUCCGACAGGUCGUGGCGCACUUUGGUCAACUAGACAUUGUCGUUUGGAACUCUGGAACGGAGAAGUUUGUCUCUCUGGCCGAUACGACCUUGGAAGAUUUUAACAAGGUGUUCGAUCUCAAUACCCGAGCUCAGUUCUUCGUGGCCAAGAACACCUACAACUAUAUUCAACCCGGUGGACGGGUUGUCCUGAUGUCUUCCAUUGCUGCCGGAGUGGGCGUUCCCGGGCACUCCUUGUACGCCGGCAGCAAGAGAACGCCAUGCCAAAGUUUUCAAUGGGAAACCUCAAUAUGA